GACCAACCAGAGGCGGUGAAAGCGCAUCCGGACGUGACGUUCGGCUGCACAUCUGUCGGAAGUGGCUGCAAGCUUCAAUCAACCGCUUCAGGUGGACGUUCGCGACGGAGCUUCACAAGCUGAGAAGAGAAAUGAAAACAAGAACCUCUCCUCUACUUCAUGUUCAUGUUGAUGAAACUACUCCUGUUCACGUUCAUGUCAAGAAAAGUCCGAAACAAGGAAAGAGGGUCCAGCAGAAGCUGAAAGGAGCAUUAGAAUGUGGCAAUCUGCGACCAUGCAGCAAGGUAAAGACCAAAGUACCAUGGAUUCCACCAGGCAAAACGUCAGUAAGAGAACUUGGCUACAAAUGGGAGGGUCCAACACAUCGACUGGAUAUAACACCUAUUGACACUGAGAAAUUCCACUCAACACUUCACCUGAGUGACCUCUCCACUGAUGAUGAGGAAGUUAUACAUGGGAAGAUGAAUCAGUAUGAGAAAAAAAUCAACUGUCUUAUGAAGCAAGUGGGAUCAUUAAAGAGCGAGGAUGAAUUGAGAAAGAAAAAUCAUUUGCUGGAACAGCAAGAGGAGGAGCUAAACCUAUCCAAGCAGUUGAUUGAAGAGAAGGAGGUGGAAUUAGCUGAAGUCACCAAGGAGCUUGUUCUUACUGAGCAUAAGAAUGAACUACUACAAAGGAGCAUUGAAAUGAUGGACCAAGAACAUUCCCGCUCAGAAAAAAAGCAUUGGCGAAAAGGUGACACUGUGUUGAAAAAGCUGGUCGAGGCUGAAAUGGAUGCAGCUGCUGCAGCAAAACAGGUUGCAGCUCUACACAGCACUAUCAGUAAGCUGGGCAGUGAGAAGCAAAUAUCAACUUCAGAAUGUAACUUCUUGACACGUCAGAAGGAAUUGCUAUUGCAGAAAUUGGAGACAUUUGACGUAACAAAUAGAGCAGUUCGGGAGCUACUAAGAGAACAACAUGCACAGGAGGCUGAUGCUUUGAGGCUAUUCGAACUAAAAGAAGCCCUCCUUGAAAAACUGGCUCGGUCAGAAGCAGAAAAUGCGCACCUGUUAGUGAAGCUACAGGAGAUUGAACGCCGGACAGACCAGCUUCUUACUCAGAAUCAAGCAGAAAAAGAUAAUGCUCACGCAGCGGCAGAGUUAUCCAAAUCACUUGAAAGCACUCGAGCCCAUCUACAGGGACAGCUUCGCAGUAAAGAGGCAGAAAACAAUCGUAUGGCUGUGCAGAUUAGGAAUUUUGAGCGUACCAUUGCGCAGCAGAAAGGGCAAGCGGACUACUUAACAGAGCAAUUAAGGUUGUUUCAUAACAAAGGGGACAGAGACAAGGAGGCCUUAAAGAAAGCCACAAAGGCUCAGAAACAACGAGCUGAACGUAGUGAAGAUGCAGUCGAACUGCUCAAUUCCCAGCUUGUUGGCAAGGAGACGCAGUUGGCAGAUGCGCUGUCAUCAGCUGAGACUUGGAGAAAUUGUUAUAACAAGGUGAUGAAAGAAAAGAGUCAACUGGAGAUUGAGAUCUCAAUCGUGAACAACCGUGUUACGGGUCUACUGGAUCAAACUCAUAAUGUGGAGGAUAAGGCUCGAGGAGACCUGGAUUCACUCAUGGACAGACUCCACAAGAUGUCCUCAGAAAGCACAUCCAUCAAAAUAGAGAAUGAGACAAUGAAGGCAAAUAUGAAUGCUUUGGAGGAAAAGUUCAUGUUUGCUCAGACUGAGAUGCAACAACUAAAAGUCUCUAUCAAACACUAUGAAGGGCUGGUGGACAGUUACAAAUCUCAGGUGAUAAAGACACGUUUGGAGGCAGAUGAUUACAAUAUAAAGCUGGAGAAGGCAGAGAGGGAGAACAAGUUACUGAAAGAUGAAGUGAAUAUCGAAAUUGACCAGGUGCGUAGACAAAUGCAGAAAAAACUGAGUGACCUUGAACCUGUUCCCGAGUUGUUGAAGUUAACUGAACAUAAACUACAGGACUGCCAGCAACAGCUGGCCAUGUACGAGAAGAAAAAUGUGGAUCAGUCCUCCAUUAUAUGUGAUCUCAGGAUGGAGAUAGAGGAACUAGGUGGAAGAUCAAGAGAGAAGUAUCACAGUGUGCAAGAAGAAAAUCAUAAUUUAAAGUUGAAAUUGGAAACUUUGGAAAGGAAACUGGAAGAUGUUUGUACACAUAACCGAGAGCUAACACUGGUGGUGGCACAACGGGAGGACACAAUUCAUCAUAAUCAGCAGCGUUUGGAGGAGAAAUCCCAUGAGUGUUCUAGCCUAGCUCGUCAGCUGGAGACUUCCAUCGAUGAUGCCAGGCGCCAGGUGGACCAAUCCAGAGAGAGAGCUACUUCAAAGGAGCGGACAUCACAGAACAAAAUACUGGACCUUGAGGCUCAAUUGAGCAGAACAAAAACAGAAUUGACUCAACUACGGCGGAGCAAAGAUGAUGCUGAGAGGCGUUUCCAGAGUCGCUUAGAAGAUUUGAAGGAUCGCCUGGAGCAGUCGGAAUGCACUAACCGCAGCAUGCAUAACUAUGUCCAGUUCCUCAAAUCCUCAUAUGCCAACGUCUUUGGUGAAACUGCAAUAACAAGUUCUCCAGUUUAAAUACGAUAACCUGUGAGGACGACUGGUAUCAAAAAAAUCAUCUUGCUGAAUUAUUUUUUUUCUGAGCUACUCGUUUCAAAACUAUAUUAAAAGGACACUGUACAGCAUGAAAUAGCAAUCUCUGCUGUUUUGCCCUGAAAUACAACUGGCCCUGUUAGCCCUAUAUUUAAAUCGAUCUUAAAGAACUACCUAAAUACAAAUUCCCAGACUUGGUAUGGAACUAGAUUUCUGACUAGGCUGAAUUACCAGUCAAAAAAGGACAUAAUAUGCUGGAGUAACUCAGCUGGUCCAGCAGCAUCUCUGGAGAACAUUGAUAGGUGACAUUUCGAGUUGGGGCCCCUUCAGACUGAAUGUAGGGGAAAUAAUGCUAGAAGAGAGGAGAGGCAGGGCAGAACGUGGCAGGUAAUAGGACAAUGGCAAGGGGGGUGGGGGGGUGCAGUUGGUAGGCAGGUGGAUAGACCAAAGGCCAGAACUUAAAACUGAAGGUAUGAGACAAGGAUUGAAGUGUUGCAAAUUGCUGAAUUUGGAGAAUUCAGUGUUUAUACCAUUCAGUUGUAAGCUACUCAAGUGGAAUAUGAGGUGCUAUUCCUCCAGUCGGCUUGUGGCCUCAAUCUGGCAAUGGUGGAUGGCCAGGGCAAGGAGGCCAGAAUGGGAAGAGGAGUUAAAAUGGUUAGCCACUAGGAAAUCGAGUAGGCCUUGGUGGACUGAGCGCAAGUGUUUGACGAAAAGGUUACUGAGUCUGUGCUUGGUCUCACCAAUGUGUCAGUCAGUAAAAUUCCAGUAUCUGUAGGUCUUUGUGUCUCCAUGUUCUCAGUCCAGAUGAAGGACCUUGACCUGAAAUGUUGACCAUCUAUUUCUCUCUACAGAUAUCCUCUGACCAGCUGAGUUCCUCCAGCAGCUCUCCUUUUUUUUUCUUAAUUCUUUGGCAUGUUCAAUAUCAUUUCCUCACUCUUUAACAUGCUGCUCUGAAAUCUUCUUAUCCUGGUUUCUUGGAUCCAUUCCCCUGUCAUUUUAAACAUUAAUGUGCUUCUACUCUCACUAUACGCCUGGAUGGUAUAUCUUCUGACUUAAUCGCUGCUACAUAAGCAGUCUUCAUGUACAUCAUGUGAACUGAAGCAGUUCUCUAGGAUAUUUUUGCAGAAGAUGGGACCAGCAUUGAAAAACUGAAAUUACUGCAAUUUAAAAUAUGCCCAUCAUUUCUUAAAAUUUACAAAUAAUUUCUGGCUUCAAAAUUCUUAUGUCCAUGUAAUACCACAAUAUGGAGAUCAAAAUUCAGUCAGUGCAACAUGAGCUUUCAUUAUUUUUAGGCCAACUAUUGGAAUUUAAGUUUCCCUCGGACAAAAAUGGUAUGCAUUUUUUAAUUUACAAUUGAUAAAGCAGUGAACAAGAUUACUCUGUAUUGAUUGAUCAAGAUUGAUUUGUAUUAUAUUUGGCCCAUGAUCAGUUGGUGUAGAGGCUGCACAAUGUGUUCUCUAUUUGUCAAUGCCAACAUAUCUCAUUUUGUUAAAAGUAAACUACAAACACUCUGACUUUAAAACAAGUUCUGGUAUUAAGUAACUUUUAAGGCUCUUGAUACCAAUUUUUUGGAUCCAAUUGUCAGGGCUGAAACAGCACCUAAAAAAUACCUGAUCAUAUCAUCUCCGUUGGUUCAAAACUAAAGUCUCUUCCUAUCUGUCUAUCUCACUAACAUACAGUAUUCUCUUUUGCUCUUUCUCCAAUUUUUGCGAUUUAUCUCUCAAAGCCCGGGGCUUGGUGUUAUCCUAAGAUCUUAAGUGGAAUUUAGCUGAAAGAUUGUCGCCUGUGUAAUCUGCGUGAGAACUACCCCUUUAAUAAUGUUGCAAGUUUUCCAUGCCAAAGUCUGAAGUUUUUUAAAAGCCAAUUUAGCUAAAAAAAAGUCUCUCUUUUAGCUGUGUAGAGCUGCUUAGGAAAUGCUGUGGUUUUCUUUUUUUAAAUGUCUUAUUGGUGUAUAUUUAAGCCUUGAUUACAUUUAGUGGAUUGUUAAUGUGUGCCAUUAAAAUAAUUGAAGUGAAGAAUGAAUUUUUUACUUAUUAUCAGGGAACUCGUUUGUCUAAUAACUUGGAUAUUAUGUGACAUUACUCCAUUCUGUGCUUAAGACAUAUUUUCAUCUUAAUUUUAAAUAUUAAAUACGAAUGUGUAUUUUAGAAGUAGUUGUGGCUCAGUAAUAGAUUUUUAUAACUACGCUUGCAUAUUUUUGUAUUCACUAUUUCUCAGUGCUUUGUGUUCCAUAAGUACUUAACAAGAAUCAGUCUGACACUCUAUUCUUUUGAUAGAUGAAUGUCUGGGAGCAGUUCCCAAAUUCUCCCUACACAUUAUUGAGGUAUGGCUUCGCACUGUGUUUUCAAAGGCAAAAUUCCCCAUAGUAAUAUUUCCUUGUCUAGUAUAAGAUAUAUUACAUUAUUAUGAAACAGAGUACCAUCUCUAAAAUUGGCAAACUAAGAACUGUAAUUCAUUCUAGUUCAUUGUCCUCAUCCUCUCACAUAUAAAAUCUUGAGACAUGGAUAAUUAUUCCAAUUUUUCUUUUAAAGAGUUAACUGUAUAGCUUGGGUUGACUGGUUUUCCAUGUCUGGACGAUUGUAUAUGUUAGUUUUAAGUAACCUACCCUUUCAGUUUAUAAUUCAUCAAGAUAACUUUUCAGAUUUCCACAGCUUGCAAAGUCUGUUUGUUCAUAAUUCAUACCACUUUACAACAUAUUACAAUGUAAGACAGAAUUUUGUGAAUUCAGCAUGAAAGCAAACUAUUCACCCAACAAUAAACAUGUGCCUUUGUUCAUGCUCUCCUUGAGCUAUCAUCCCACAUUCAUCUCAUCCUGAAAUCUACUGUAACAUGUUAAAGGCUAAGUAAUUGUUAAUAAAUUGUGGCCUGUUCCUCUGGUUUCAUAUUCAUUUUAUAUAUGCAGCCACAACAGUUGACCAUUCACUCAUUGUCACUAUUAAAUUAUGAGGGAUUUAACCAUUUUUGGUCCCAUUGUACUCUGGUGCUUCAGCUAAACAUUUUGUGAAUCACAUAAUGAAAUAAAAAUUAAUAAUUUUCAGGAUGUGAUGUUGUUCAUUAGUUGUAAAUAAUGUUUUUAUACUUGUAUGUUUUUAAAUAUUUACAAAUGUUUAUAAUCAGUAUCUUAUUUUUAUAUGAACAUAUUAAUAAAAAUGCCCAUUUGUUUGAAAGAC